UUUCAUUUUUUCCCCUUAUUCUUCUCAUCAAUUCCCGUAAGCCACAAAAAUGGAAAAUGAAAAAUCCAGUUGCCUUGCCUCUCUCUCUCUCUCCCUCAAGCUCGUGCUAACACUGUCAAUAAUAAGACUGGGAACCGACAAAUGUCCAAGAACCAAUAUCCGCGUCUGCCCCCAAAUUCAUACUACUGUGCUUACGCUUUUCACACACUCUCAUCCAAUUCUUCAUUUCUUAACCAAACCCUCCCCUCCCAAUAAAAAACAAACUACCCAAUCGUCAAAGUAGCCGUUCCUCUAUCUGUCUCUCUCUGAGCUUCUAGCUGCUUCUCUGUCUUCUUCUACUUCCUCUGCUUUCCUGCUCUGCUUCCUAUAGCUGGAAAUUAUGUAAAGAAAAGUCUUAAGAACAAGCCUCAAGCUCAAGCUAAUUUCUGGGGUUCGUUUAUUUAGCAGCAGAGAAGAGAGAGGGAAAUGGCUAUGUGCAGGGUUUUUGCCGUUGUGUUCCUUGUCUACAUUGGAUUGCUAGUGAGCUUAUGCUCAGCUGGAGAUCCAUACGUUUUCUACAACUUUGAGGUCUCUUACAUUACUGCUUCACCUCUUGGCGAGCCUCAGCAGGUUAUUGCUGUAAAUGGCAAGUUCCCUGGCCCUAUUGUAAAUGUGACCACCAACGACAACGUGGUUAUCAAUGUUAGGAACAAAUUGGAUGAGCACCUCCUGCUGCAUUGGUCUGGAAUUCAGCAGAGGAGAAGCUCAUGGCAAGAUGGGCUUCCUGGCACAAACUGCCCAAUUCCACCAAAGUGGAACUGGACUUAUCAGUUUCAGGUCAAAGAUCAGGUUGGGAGCUUCUUCUACUUCCCUUCGCUCCACAUGCAGAGAUCUUCUGGUGGAUUUGGAAGCUUCAUUAUCAACAACCGAGCCGUUAUCCCGAUUCCUUUCAAUACUCCGGAUGGAGACAUUGUCAUUAUGAUUGGUGAUUGGUACAAGAGGAAUCACACGGCUUUGAGGAGGGCCCUUGAUGCAGGGAGAGAUCUGGGGAUGCCUGAUGGAGUUCUUAUGAAUGGCAAAGGCCCUUAUCAAUACAAUACCACAUAUGUUCCGGAUGGCAUUGACCAUGAAACAAUCACAGUUCAGCCAGGAAAAACGUACCGAGUGAGAGUGCAUAACGUCGGAGUAUCAACCAGCUUGAAUUUCAGGAUCCAGAACCACAACAUGCUCUUAGCAGAAUCAGAAGGUUCAUACACAGUUCAACAGAACUACACUAGCUUAGACAUACACGUAGGGCAGUCCUAUUCUUUCCUGGUCACCAUGGACCAGAACGCAAGCAGUGAUUACUACAUCGUAGCCAGUGCCAGAAUGGUCAACGAGACGACAUGGAGAAGGGUGACCGGUGUUGCCAUCUUGCACUACACCAACUCCAAGGGGAAAGCAAGCGGUCCCUUGCCAACUGCGCCCCAAGAUGAGUUCGACAAGACUUUCUCCAUGAACCAAGCUCGAUCCAUCAGAUGGAAUGUUUCUGCUAGUGGAGCUCGUCCCAACCCACAGGGCUCAUUCAGGUACGGUUCGAUCAAUGUCACGGACGUGUAUGUGCUGAAGAACGUGCCGCCGGUGCAGAUUAAUGGGAAGAAAAGAACAACGCUUAGUGGGAUAUCAUUUAUCAAUCCUGCUACUCCAAUUAGACUUGCUGAUCAGUUUAAAGUGAAGGGAGUGUAUAAACUUGACUUCCCAAAUAAACCGCUUACUGGACCACCAAAGUUGGAGACAUCGGUUAUCAAUGGGACGUACAGAGGAUUCAUGGAAGUUAUUCUUCAGAAUAAUGAGACCAGAAUGCAGAGCUAUCACCUUAGUGGAUAUGCAGUUUUCGUUGUUGGGAUGGACUAUGGAGAAUGGUCUGAAAACAGCAGGGGAACAUAUAACAAGUGGGAUGGCAUUGCCCGUACAACUGUGCAAGUUUAUCCAGGAGCAUGGACUGCAAUCCUGGUAUCACUUGACAAUGUUGGAGUGUGGAACCUGAGAUCAGAGAACCUCGACUCGUGGUACCUCGGACAAGAAACUUACGUGAGAGUUGUGAAUCCUGAGGAGACGAACAAGACCGAGUUCCCCAUCCCUGACAACGCACUCUUCUGUGGCGCCCUUGGCAAAAUGCAGAAGCCACAAGACAUCUCUUCUGCAGCACGAUUGCUCUUCAAAGCCGGCAACUUUAGCGUACUGAUCACGUUAUUGUACUUUGUAUCUGCUGCAAUCUCCAUCUUCAGCUGAUUUUGUUUCUGAGAAGUCGGGAGUCUCUCUAGCUAGUGCUGGUAUUUGGUGUGCUGUAUUGAGGCAUUUUCUUUGUUCAUGGCGGUUUGCUGGGUUUGUUGAGAGUGGGGUUUUAGUGGUCUGUAAUUUCUAGUCGGGGUGGUCGCUGUCGAUAACAACAUUGUUAAAUGAAUUUUUUUACUUGUAAUUUCUUCUAGCUUCUUUAACUUAUUGGGAUCUGUCUAUUCUUUCAAAUUAAAUACAUGUAAUCUGUAUCUGUGUAUGUAUUCAUUCAUUCCCCAGUUACCAAACACACUAAGUUAUUCCAUGGUGAAAUGUUAGCUUCCUUACUGCGGCUGAAGCUUCUGGCAUGCAGGUACAUUGAUAUCUGUUUUCUUGGUGGGGUUAUGGCAUCAUGGGCUACCAGCUUAUCACUAAAGCUGGAUCCUUUCUGUCCCAUUUCUUCUUUGUGGUGGGG